GUAUAUAUGUGUAAGAGAAAGACAGAAAGAAAGAGAGAGAAGAGAGUGACAGAGCACUUAAAGUCUCCAGUCUUACUUGCUGUGUGGUUGAAGAAAGAAGCUCAGAGAUGAAGACUUUGGCCAUCCUGGUCCUCUGCUCCCUGGCUGUCAUCUGUCUGACUUCAGAUGCCUCCACUGGGUCGCAGCCUGCUGGUGACAACCCUGCUCAGGAGGGUUUGUUUGUGGAGAGAGAGGAGGCAUCCACAGUGGUGAGACAGAAGAGAGCUGCUGGAGAGUUAUCCCCAACCCAGCUGGAGAGCCUGAGAGAAGUCUGUGAGGCCAACCUGGCUUGUGAGCACAAGAUGGACAUAGAUGGAAUUAUUGCCGCCUACACCGCCUACUAUGGACCAAUCCCAUAUUAGACGCCACAUCGGGACAACUGAUUGCUCGCCAAAAUUGUCUUUUCUUUCAUUUGCCUUAUCACCUUUGAGCUUACCUUUGUCUUUGCUGUUAUGCAAAAAAGCAUGGAAAACAUCUUCCAAAGUGUGCCAGUGUGUAAAAGUAAGUUGUUACACAAGAGGAGAAAAGAGAGAUAUGGGGAUAAAGAUGUGAGCAGAUGUGUGAGCAGGAGGAAUAAUGUUGGCAUGUGAUUUAUUUUUCCACCCUGCAUAGACCCAGAGAAUUGCCUCUAAUUCUAUCAUUUCAGCCAGUCUGUAGAGUAGUUUGAUGAAAUUAAAUAAACAUAAAUAAAAGUG